CUUUUCCCCAAAAACAAGACAAUUCAACCUACUACCCCUUCCAUGGAAGCCUCAGCUUUAAUGAAAGGACAACCCCAGUCUGUGGUAUUUGGGGAAAAUAAUUGGGGAGAUGUAACAGGGAUUCUGACAUUCAGCCUAGUUCAAGCCUUUGUUUUUCCCAUUUGGCCUCUAUGAUUUGAAUCUCCAACUUCAAAUGCAAAAAUGCUCACAACACACUGUUAGAACCCAAGGAUCAGCUCCCCCCAUUGACUCUGGACCUUUUAGAUGCAACAGGCCGCCGGGUACCACCAGAGUCCUAAGCUGGGGACAACCGUCAGAGCAGAAACCGUUCUGGCAGGAAAGCCAGCUCAGCAUUGGGCAAUACAAAAACAGGAGCGCACACAAGUGGGUUUUAAGUUCCGCAAAGUAGAUGUGAGAUCUUGAGAUGACAGCGUGAAGGGGAUUGGCUGAGCCACCCCUGCUAGCGCAGUGAUGAGCUGGGGGCCAGCACCUCUGCGGUGAGGUGCAAGCGCUCCUGGAGAGCAGAGGCGGGGAGAGCCACGUAGAAGCAGGAGCUGAAGCCCUCAGACCAGCACCAGGGACAGCUUAAUGAAGACAAACUGAAGGGCAAACUGAGAUCUUUGGAAAACCAGCUGUACACCUGUACCCAGAAAUAUUCCCCUUGGGGAAUGAAAAGGGUACUAAUGGAGAUGGAAGACCAGAAAAACAGCUACGAGCAGAAAGCCAAGGAGUCCCUGCAGAAAGUGCUGGAGGAGAAAAUGAGCGCAGAGCAGCGACUGCAGAGCACGCAGUGGUCCCUGGCUCUGGCUGAGCAGAAGUGUGAAGAGUGGAGGAGCCAGUAUGAGGCUCUGAAGGAGGACUGGAGGACCCUGGGGACCCAGCACAGAGAGCUGGAGAGCCAGUUCCAUGCGCUUCAGUCCAAACUGCAGGAAGCAGACAGUAUAGACUUGCAGAUGAAGCAGGCUCUUCGACUUCUGGAGAAUGAGCACCAGGAACUGCAGGCCAAGACUGAAUGCCUACAGGGAGACAGAGACCUGUGCAGCUCAGAUACCCAGCACCUACAAGAUCAACUAAAGAGGUCAGAGGAGGAGAAACUCGCCCUGGUGACCAAAGUACAGCACUUGCAGAGUCUGCUUCAGAGUCAAUCUUUACAGCUUCAAGAACAGGAGAAACUCUUAACAAAGAAAGGUCAGCAAAUUUACUUCCACAAAUUCUAAGGCAUUGCUCUUUUCAUGCCUGCCUAGAGGCAGGGGGAUGGACUACAUGACCUCUUGGAGUUCCAUCUGGUUCUGGAAGUCUGUUAGGUCAGGGAUCUGGGGAAGCUUUUUAAGGACUUAUCACUGGCUCUGAGAACCCUUUAGCUAGUCAGCCUCCUAUCCUGAAAGGUAUGUAGACUGUGCAAAAGGGUUUCUACUUCCCCUGAAAACAUAUGUCUGUGUUGAACAUUUCAAUAAAUUGAUUUUGAACUCAGAAUUUCAUGUCAAUUUUUACACUUGACUUUCCAAAUCACUCAACUUCCCAAGUCUACACCAUGUUGCAUCAACAAUUACCUCACUCUCAGCCCUCAAGAGUCUACUGCCUUAGCUUCCUGAGAAGAUUUCAUCAUGCUAUGGAGGGGCAAAAGCUCCUCAUUUAUCCACUACACAUGGCCUUUGUUUUCUCAUCACAGUCACUGGGUAAACUAUAAGGCAGAAAUUAUACCCACAUAAAAUAGAUAAGAAAAUGAAGGUCUACAGUCAUACAGAUUAAAGACACAGCUAAGACAACAAUCCAGAAUUCCUGGCUCCUAGUCCAGUAUGCUCUUCACAAGACUAAGACUGCCAGGUGGCUGAAAAUCUUUUGUAACCACAUGAAGAUGAAUUCUAGGACAUGAUUGCCUUCUCACGACUGAAAUGAGAACAGAAGGGAAAGGGGAUUAUACUGAAGCAUCCAGCAAACCUACCAGACUAACUGGGAAGGAUGUGACCCAUAACCAAAGAUAAUGAAUUAAUAAGUGUACUCUAAAAGUAUCUGGCAUUACACAGGACUAGGGAUACAAAGAAAAGUAAGAUGCCAACUUUGCCCUCAGUGGGACUCAAAUUCCAACUCUCUGUACAGGACGAGCAGGGUCCUAAUGGGAGUUCUUUAAAAGUCAGAGAACUCCAUUCCAUGAAGUCCAACCAAAGACAGGCCCUCCUUUUUUCUCUCCCUUCCCUUCCCCUCACUCCUAGGGGUUUUCUCAGUGACAGGGUCCUGCUCAGAGGUGUGGGCCUCACUAUCACUGAGAAUCUGGCUGCUUUUUUAGACCAGGCUUUGUCUGAGUGGAGUCCAAAGCCCUCCCAUAAGGAAGUGGAGCCUGAGGGUACAGGGAAGGAGAAAGACUGGGAUUUCAGAGACCAGCUGCAAAAGA